AUUUAAACUGCUGCCUGCCUGUGCAGCAGCUGAGGAACUGUGGAUUUCAUAUUAUAGACUAAAACCCCAGUAAAACUGCUCAAAAUCCUUCCUGCAGCUGCCAGGCAACAACGAAAGAGAGUUAAAUCCUAUUCUAUUCCAAUACAAUCGGAGCACUACAUUCUAGCUCCGGCUGCUUUACAUUGCAGCUCAGUGUUAUUACUAGAAAUAUGGAUACUGAGAAGAGAAUACAGCACUGCAUUGUCCGGCCAGGAAAACAGCAGAUGUAAAAAGCUUCAAUGCAUCAACUGUCGGCAAGAGUCAACAGUGCUCCGAAUAGACCGGACAACUACAGCUCUUUUGUUUAAAGAAAGAGAAAGAAAAUGAAAGAAAGGAAAAAUCUCAGAAGACUAGGACCCAUAUGAACAAGGAGGGUAACUCGAAGACAAGCAGACAGAUGGACACUUUGGAUACUGUGAAAAGCAAUCGCAGGAGGCAGACUAUUGGGGGAUGUGCGCAUGUUCGAUAGCAUCUUUUUUGCUGAAGUGAUGGCGUGCCAAAAGUAUUUUCAGUGGGCAUAAUCCUCUCCACAUAAAUGGCCUGACCAAGGAAGAAUGACUGCAUGGGAGACAACGUGACCGAAUUAAAAAAUGAUUACCAAAGAAAAGUAUUGAUUCAGGAGAAGGAAACAACAUUUUCAGCCUCCAGUAUCUCAUAUCCCAUUACUGGAUAUUUACAACAUGCUUCAGUGGAGGAGAAGACACUGCUGCUUUGCAAAGAUGAGCUGGAAUGCCAAGAGGUCUCUGUUCCGUACCCAUCUUAUUGGUGUACUUUCUCUAGUGUUUAUUUUUGCUAUGUUUUUGUUUUUCAAUCAUCAUGACUGGCUGCCAGGCAGAGCUGGAUUUAAAGAAAACCCUGUAACAUACACUUUCCGAGGAUUUCGUUCUACAAAAAGUGAGACAAACCACAGCUCCCUCCGGAACAUUUGGAAAGAAACAGUCCCUCAAACUCUGAGGCCUCAAACAGCAACUAACUCCAAUAACACAGACCUGUCGCCACAGGGAGUUACAGGGCUAGAGAAUACACUUAGUGCCAAUGGAAGUAUUUACAAUGAAAAAGGUAUCGGACAUCCGAAUUCAUACCAUUUCAAAUAUAUUAUCAAUGAACCUGAAAAAUGCCAAGAGAAGAGCCCUUUUUUAAUACUGCUAAUAGCUGCAGAACCUGGACAAAUAGAAGCUAGAAGAGCUAUUCGGCAAACUUGGGGCAAUGAAAGUCUAGCACCUGGUAUCCAAAUCACAAGAAUUUUUUUGCUGGGCGUAAGUAUUAAGUUAAAUGGCUACCUUCAACGUGCAAUACUGGAAGAAAGCAGACAAUAUCAUGAUAUAGUCCAACAGGAAUAUUUAGAUACAUACUACAAUUUGACAAUUAAAACACUAAUGGGCAUGAACUGGGUUGCAACGUACUGUCCACAUAUUCCGUAUGUUAUGAAAACUGACAGUGACAUGUUUGUCAACACUGAAUAUUUAAUACAUAAGUUACUGAAGCCAGACCUGCCUCCCAGACAUAACUACUUCACUGGUUACCUAAUGAGAGGAUACGCACCCAAUCGAAACAAAGAGAGCAAGUGGUACAUGCCACCAGACCUCUACCCAAGUGAACGCUACCCUGUCUUCUGUUCUGGGACUGGUUAUGUUUUUUCUGGAGAUCUGGCAGAGAAGAUCUUUAAAGUUUCUUUAAGUAUCCGUCGUUUGCACUUGGAAGAUGUAUAUGUAGGGAUCUGUCUUGCCAAGUUGAGAAUUGAUCCUGUGCCCCCUCCCAACGAGUUUGUGUUCAAUCACUGGCGAGUUUCUUAUUCAAGCUGUAAAUACAGCCACCUAAUUACCUCUCAUCAGUUCCAGCCUAGUGAACUGAUAAAAUACUGGAACCAUUUACAACAAAAUAAGCACAACGCUUGUGCCAACGCAGCAAAAGAAAAGGCAGGCAGGUAUCGCCAUCGUAAAUUACACUAGAAAAGACAAUUUUUUUUUUCAAAUGUGCAAUCUGUAAAAUAUUGCUAAAAGCAUGUAUAGUUAAAACUGAUUACAUCCAUAGGGCAAGUUUUAGUUAAAAUUCAUCACAUACAGAAAUUCAAAAAAUAUUUUUUUAAUUUCUGAAAGUAAUUCCUAAAAAUACCAUUAUAUAACAAAAAAGGUAUCCCAAAAGAAACUAUUAAAAAAAAAACUGUAUAAGGGGAUUCUGUGUAUUAACAUGCAAUAAAAAGCAUGCACACAUCAAUGGUUCAAGGCUUAUAUUAAGGGCCAGUAAGAUGUAUUUGCAUAUAUUUUCCACAUAAAUUUUAAUUUAAGAAAUGGAGACAGUCAAAAGACCCUUCUCAUUUUAGAUUGUUUUUCAUUUUAACAUAUAAUUAAAUGUAAAUAAAACAUUAUUGUCAAUCUUAAGGAAAAUCUGUAAUUGUGCAAAGGACAAAUUUUCUGACCUGACUAUUCUAGGGUUCUAAAACUAUAUUCCAUGCAAUAAGAUUUAGUUGAAUUACUCCAUAAACACAUUUAUAAAGUUCAGAUGUUUCAUCAAUGCAAUUCUCAUUUAAGUAUUUACCUUUUAAUAACAAUUGAGAUACUCAUUUUCUUUUAUUAAUACAUAUAUUGGGGGAAAAUUAU